AUGGAACUCGCCGAAUAUGAACUUGAACCAGAUAUUUUAGAAAGCGAAGUUAAAUUGGCUAUGGAAACAUUGGCAAAUGGCAAAGCACCAGGACAUGAUGAUAUUCCAAUAGAAUGUUUCAAGAUAAUCAAAGAAGAUGGAAUCAAAGUAUUAACAACAUUAUGUCGACAGAUAUGGAAAACACAACAACGGCCUCUAGACUGGAAAACAUCAAUAUUCAUUCCCAUACCGAAGAAUGGGAAUGCCAAGGACUGCUCUAACUACCGAAGGAUCGCUCUCAUUUCACAUGCCAGCAAAAUUAUGUUGAAGAUUAUACGACGACGACUGCAACCUUUUCUCGGACGAGAAAUGCCAGAUACACAAGCAGGUUUCCGAAAAGGAAGAGGAACACGUGACCAAAUCGCCAAUCUACGAUGGAUAAUUGAAAAAGCUCGUGAAUAUCAAAAAGAGUUUUACUUAUGUUUCAUCGACUAUAGUAAAGCUUUCGACUGUGUGGAUCACGAGAAACUCUGGUUUGUACUUAACGAAAUGGGGGUGCCAACACAUUUAAUUGUCCUUAUGAAGAACCUGUAUACUGAUCAACAAGCAUCGGUGAAAACGGAAUAUGAAAAAACCAACUGGUUCAACAUUGGUAAAGGUGUAUGACAAGGCUGCAUCCUAUCGCCAUACUUAUUCAAGUUAUACGCAGAGUAUAUAAUGAGAAAGGCGGGCAUAGAUGAAGCAGCAGGUGGAAUAAAGGGUGGGCGGACGGAACAUCAACAAUCUACGAUAUGCGGAUGACACCACACUACUGGCUGAAACUGCUGACGAUCUGAAAUGCCUUCUACAGAAGGGAAAAAGAGGAAAGUGCAGCAGCAGAGCUAAAACUAAACACGAAAAAGACGUUCGUGAUGACAAAUGGCCUUAUUCAAGAAUUCUACAUCGACAACAAUCAAGUGAAGAUAGUCAAAGAGCUCAUUUUCCUGGGCUCUAAUGUAAAUUCCGAUGGCAAUUGCAGCAAUGAAAUAAAAAGAAGGCUUCUUAUGGGCAGAAAGGCAAUGGUCAGCCUGGACAAGCUCAUCAAAAGCAAAGACAUAAACUUGGCCACAAAAAUUAGAAUAAUCAAAACGAUGGUUUUUCCAAUAACAACAUAUGGAUGUGAAAGCUAGACAAUGAAACAAGCAGAUCGGAGGAAAGUCGAUGCCUUCGAACUAUGGUGCUGGAGAAGAUUACUACGAGUUCCAUGGACUGACAAAAGAACGAACAAAUCUGUCUUACAAGAAAUAAAACCAGAUUGCUCACUGGAUGCUUCACUGGUCAAAUUAAAGUUAUCAUACUUCGGACACAUAAUGCGACGGCACGAAUCAUUGGAAAAAGAAAUAAUGCUUGGGAUAAUCGGAGGUAAGCGUCGCAGAGGAAGACAAAAGAAAAGAUGGAUCGAUACAAUAAAAGAAGAUACAAACCUAACAUUAAGACAACUAAACAAUAAGGCAUACAACAGAAACAAGUGGAGAAGUCUAGUUCAUUGGAUCACUAAGAGUCGGACCCGACUGAAUGGAUAAAACACACACAUACGGAUGCUUGUGCUCCUCGAUUAGUUUGUGUCCAUUCGAUAUUUAAUGUCAUCUUAGAAUGACAAUUAGAUGGCGUGUAUAAGUUGCAGGAAACAAAAACCUUGUGGCAUAUAUAAUAACAAUGGUGUCCAGUGAUCUCUACAAAUUACAGUUAAUUAAGAAAAAAAAUAAUGAAAAACUAUAUCUAGCGAACUCUACAAAUUGCAAUUCAUUUAAAAGAAACAAUCAAGCACCAUAUUUGGCGACCUUUUUAAAGAUUGUAGUUCAUUUAACAGUAAAAUUGAAUGAACAAAUUUUGUGAAAUUUGAUAAACGAAAAUUUGAAAGUUUUGAUAGUUAUUUGAAAGUUAUUCGCAUUAAAAAAUUAAAUAAAUUUCUUAAAUUAAAUUUAAAUAACUUAAAACACGAAAAUUUUUAUGUUUUUUUUCUCAAAUAAAUUAAAUUUGAAAAAAUUAAUUUUAAUAGUUUUUUUGAAUUUCAGUUUUAUGUUCGCAAAUGAGAAGACACGGAAUUAUUUCAUCGUAACACAUUACAACGUAAACUUCCGUCAAAACUACCAGUUUCUUUGUUCAACUUAACUAUAUUUGAUCUUUAAAAAGAAAGAACAAAAAUGUAGUCAUUUGAAUUUAACUUCGCAAGAUAUUACUGUUGUUCUAUUAUGAAUCGUAAACUGACUAUCAGCAGUCACUUUUUCAUAACGAUGAAUACUAAUCAGUCUCAUUUAUUCAAAAAAGCUGUUAGCGCAAUCCCUUGCGGGAUUAAAAAUGUGAAACACGAUGAAUCUGUUGUUACUAAUUAAAUGGAAAUCGUUUUGUUCUAUUUCUUUGCAAUACAUUUGUAGCUAACCGUUUAUCUGAUGCUUUAGAAGUACAGUUUCUCUGUCACGGUCUGUGAUGGGUGUGGGUGUGGGUGUGGGUGUGGGUGUGGGUGUGGG